GUAGCAAUUCGCGUUGCCUUGGCAACGGCCCAUGGUCCCUCCUCUCGCUAACUGCUGCUAUUUCGGGCAGCAUCAGCAUCCAAGGUUGCUCCUAACCUCCUUGGCUGCUGCUGCUGGUGCUGCUGCUGCCGCUGCUUGGCGGGGCCCGCCUGGGAGGUUAGGGGAGCCGAGGCCGGGGGCUGCUGCGAGCCGGAACAGCGCUGGCGGCGGGGGCAUCCACAGAGGACAAAGUGAGGCAACCUCUGGGGACCCUUCGAAGCUCCCCUGUUGGAUGUGGGGGACUGAGCUUGGGUCCCCGAAGUGAGAUCCCUGGCUGCGCUGACUGUGGGGCAGUCAUGGGGGGUGCUGGCCCCCAUGUCCACGACUGGGGUUCAGAGAGGAUCGAGCCCUGUGGCAUCAGCUGCAGCACAAGGCAAAGCCCCCAGGUGACUUGUGAGGCUCGUAUUCCUGCAACAGAGACCACCCCAGCUGCAGGAGUGAAUGUCGUAGUAGUGGUGGACGGGAACUGCAUCCUGCAAUAUACCCAUCGCCAGUCACCUUGCUUCUGCCUUUCUGAUGGGGAGCCUCUCCUGUCCCGACGCCCUCCGCCAACGUACGGGGCUGUGCCCCCCAGCCCCACUGUCCCCAGGGGCCCAGCUUGCGGCCAAGAAGCUGGCCCACCCCCAUCCCGCAGGACCCGUGGACUCAGCGUCCGCUGUUGCACCAAAGCCUGUCUGGGAGACGAAGAGGAACAUGCCGAGCGCCACCUCCACCGGGGGCCACCCUGCAGCCGCCUCACCCCAGUGCCCUUGCCCUGCAGCCCCUCUGGCCCCUGGUUUGGAGUGGGGUCUCUCAGUGGGGGCAGGCCGGGGGCUCGGGUCGUGAAGAUCUGGGACCGACAGCGAUGCCCCUUGCUGGAGGAAGGGGAUGUCAUUGCAAAGGUGAACGGGGCUGACGUGCGGGACCUGAGCCCGGGAGAAGUGGAGAGUGUCUUGCAGGAGCAUACGCGGACAGGAGAUGUGAUCCUUCUGGUGGAAAGGAAAGGUCAUCAUUCCCGGAGACAUCCCCAGGAAAACUGCUCUUUCAGACGAGAACACCUCUUGCCUGAUUCUUGCCACAACAAAGGAGUUUCCCGAGAUACAACUAACACUUGGGGAGCUCCCCCGGCUGACACUUUGGCUGUGACCAGUUUUGUGGGCCCUGAGCCCCGGGACGUACUUGUGUGUCCUGCUCGUUGUUCCCAGAGGCUGAGGAGGCCCCGGCCAGCGGGAGGGGCUGGGGAGCCCACAGGAGGUGUGGAUGGCCCCAAAGAAGACCAUGGAUGCAACAGCGGCGUCGCCAUAGCAACAGAUGGAAGUGGAGCUGUGAGAGCAGCCAGCUCCCUGUUGCCCCAUCCAGAAGAGGGCCCCUCUCAUCAGGAAGAUGGUGGGCUCUUAGCACGGCUAUCCCACGGCGAUGUCGGGGGCAUCUUCCGGCAGGCGGGGAGCCGGGUGCGAAUGAGGGUCCGGAACCGCAAGGACGCAGGAGUUUCCAGCGAUUUGAACACAGCUGAUAUUGAUGUAGGCGAAUGUCCCCGGAGCCCCACCUACCGCCUCUCCCAGCCCCAGGAGACUGGCCAAUAUUCUGUGGAGCUGCUACGAGGACCCAGCGGCUUUGGCUUCAGUUUGAGAGGCGGAAGUGAAUAUAACAUGGACAUCUAUGUCUUGGCCCUCAUGGAGGGUGGACCAGCCCAGCAGUGUGGCAAGAUUCAGGUGAGCGACCAGCUGGUAGAGAUCAACGGAGAGCCUACAGCAGGAAUGACGCAUGCUCAAGCUGUGGAGCACAUCCGCAACGGGGGGAGCCGGAUACGCCUGGUGCUGAAGAGGGGCAACGGCUUCGUUCCUGAUUACGACCGAGAAUACAGUCAGAGCCCUGCCAGGUUGCAGCAGGCGCCGGAGACCGAGGACAAAGGCAGGCACCGGCACCGGAGAGCAAACCCGCCUGGGGGUCCCCAAUAUCUGGGUCAGCCCCCCUGUGACGGGGGCAGCCGGGAGGCAUCGCCCAGCAACAAGCAGCGGCAGCAGCUCCAGCUCCAGCUCCCCAAAGCCCGCCAGCCUAGCUGGCCGCACCGCAGCUCCACCAAGGCUCCAGGGGAGGAAGACGAAGAUGGAGAAGGGGGCUGGAGGCUGCGGGAGCAAGGGAAGGGCGUGGAGGGAGGAGGGGACAGCUGCAAGCUCCUCUCCCCCAGGCCAAGCAGGAAGCUGCGCUCAGACCUGGUCCCUGGUCCCUGGCUGGUGCCCAGCAAGGAGCGCCUGUCCCGGGCUCUGUGGGGCGUCUGCAUGGGCCAGGGGGAGGAGGAAGAGCAAAAGGGGGACUCGGGAAGAGGGAAAAGCAUGGAGGUGAAGAGGCGCAGCUAAACCCAGCACUCUUUGCGGCUCCGCAACGCAGAACUACUCAGUGCCUGGGGCAAUGGCCCUGUCCACCCCCAUCCGGACUAUGCAAUAUGAUUUUCUUUUUUCCUUUCCUUUGCCCGCUGCCCGUAUUCGUACUAUGCAACGGCAGCUUCCGUCUUGCGCUCCCCAGCCCCCAUCCAUACUAUGCAAUGAUUCAACACAAACACAAGCCUCCUUCCCCACCUUCCUUGGGAUUCUGCGAGGCAAUCUUCUGUUUUGCUGCCGCUUCUGCUGCUCCCAAGGACUGCGGUGGUAACAUCCCUUAUGCAGCCCCCUGCCCUGGGCGGACUAGAACCUAUUGCAGUGCUACGGAAGCUGCGUUGCGAAGAUCCCAGGGGGCAUUAAGAGAAGUUUUCUCCAGGGAUAAGAUCCAUAAUGGCAGACAGAAAAUGGGCUUGCCUGUGAUUGCCUACCCUGCAAUGCCUAGCGCCAGAGGAGGGAUGGUGGCCAUGUCCCAGGGCACUGGUGGCGAACCUGCGGCCUAAUAUGGUCAGCCAGGCCUAUUUUAUACUUGAAGGAAACUUCAAACUAUGGCUUACAGCGACAGAAAAAAGCACCAGGUUUUUAAAAGGUCAACUUUUGUCUGCAAAGGCAGGAAUCAGAAGUGCACUUAGGGUACACUCCUUAUUCUUCCUUUGUGGCCCCCGAUUAAAAUUUGUGUGGGAAUGUUCAGGGAUGCAGGAGAGGAUAUAUUGUUUGAUUAUAUCCUUUCCAACUUGUAUUAACAAGUUCUAUAAUUUAGCAGAGUAACAUUCCCCUUUUAAACUUGCACAGCAGAUGCGUUUGCUCAGGCUCGCUAAAGCCUCUAAAAUAAGUUUCAUUGGUAAUUUCCCUUUUAGGCCCUCAUAAAAAGAUAGACACGACACAGUCUUCUAUAAAAGUAUAAAAAGAGUUUACUUACACAUUCUGUUCACAAAUGGAUCCUAGAAGGCAGACUUAAGUUACAAAAGUAAUAUACAGCUGGAAACUAUCCCAUAAGGAGACAGCUCCUUUGUCCUCUCUUGGCUGCAAGCCAAGAAAGCAUCUUAGGCAAGCAGAUGUUGCUUCUUUGAUGAAUGUAGUCAUAGAGAGAGAGAGAGAGAUGGCUGACCAUUCCUGCUCUGUUGUUACCUGGGCAGGUGAAGUCACACCCACCUCUAGUCACAUGCAGAGGAAGUCUGUCCCAGCCUAGGAGAAACAGGAAGUUCCGACUGGCUGGUCCAGACAUCCCCUUUUAUGUCCUCUCUAGAGAUGUUGUACUUGACUGCUCUUGUGUUUCACAUCCCACAAUUUGUCUACUUGCACUGGCAUGCUUUCGAACUGCUAGGUUGGCAGGAGCUGGGACAGAGCAAUGGGAGCUCACCCUGUCACAGGGAUUCAAACCACCGAUCAGCAAGCCCAAGAGGCUCAGUGGGUUAGACCACAGCGCCACCCGUGUCCCUUCAAAAUUAAUAUUACCAGACGUCAGGUGACUGACAGCAGGGUGGAGCUGGCCACUGUCAAUGCGGCUGAUGGAGGGGGCAUGCCACCUCUGGAUCACCUGACACCAGGUGACUGACAGGUGGCUGCUGCGACUGGCCCUCCAUCCGCAUCCAUUUUCCUGCUGCUGUUCUAGGCUGCUCUCAAUUUGCACAAGGCAGUGACUGCAUCCAACGGGUCUCAUUGGUACUUGGCACAAACCGAAGGUGCAGUGCUGCCAACAACAAGCCCAGAAUGUUCUGUGGGAGGCACACUGGAAGUCUGUCAGCAGUUAGUUAACGGGAAAGGGUUUCCCUGAGACUUGAUCGUUUGAAAACCGCUGACUCAAUGUUCCAUUCACAAAAUCCAUUGUGGCUCGGUAGCAGUUAAGAGUGUUGGGGAGCCCAGGGUUCAAAUCUCUGGGUGACCUUGGGCAACUCAUUAUCUUUCAACCUAACCUAUCACUCAGGAUGGACGCGGGUGGUGCUGUGGGUUAAACCACAGAGCCUAGGGCUUGCUGAUCAGAAGGCUGGUGGUUUGAAUCCCUGCAACGGGGUGAGCUCCCGUUGCUCGGUCCCUGCUCCUGCCAACCUAGCAGUUCAAAAGCACGUCAAAGUGCAAGUAGAUAAAUAGGUACCACUCCGGUGGGAAGGUAAAUGACAUUUCCAUGUGCUGCUCUUGUUCGCCAGAAGCGGCUUAGUCAUGCUGGCCACAUGACCCGGAAGCUGUAUGCCAGCUCCCUCGGCCAAUAAAGCAAGAUGAGCGCCGCAACCCCAGAGUCGGCCACAACUGGAUCUAAUGGUCAGGGGUCCCUUUACCUUUAUCACUCAGGCUUGCUGUGAGGAUAAAAUAGCAGGGAGGAACUAGGUACGGUGCUUUGAGCUCCUUGGGUAUAAUUGCAACAGAUCAACGAACAAACCCUUUCCAUAGUGACUCAUCUACUAAGGAACCCCUAAGCACCUGUUGUUGUUGUUUUGAAAAGCCCACAUGUUUCAGAGGCUUCUGUAGAAUUACUUUAGGGCAUGCAGUCAGUUACCCCACACAAACAAAGCACAUUGCUGGAACAUGCCCAACACUCCUCCUUUGCAGGGAAGUUGACAAUUGGUUGGAGUGGGCAAUUCAGGGGCAGCCUCUUCUGCCAUGACUGAUCUUCUCCCAGAAGACUCACGUGCUUUUGAGGAAACCUCUGGAUUAUGAUUUGAAAACCACCGGCCUAGUAUCCCUUAUCACAUCACUUUCCAAGACUGUGCAGUGUGGUCUGUGCCACUCUGCUGCUGAACCACCUCCCCAUCGCUGCCCCUUCACCGCAGUCCAUUCUCCUCCUUCCCUCAGGCUGUGCAGUGGUCCACCAGCCUCACAGACCUUUCCACUCCACUGGUGCCUCAAGCCACCCCACGAUUGCAUGGGCUGGUGAUCCAUGCCCAGCCGCUCAGAAUGCAAUGGUCCUCUUCACUCUGCUAGUGCCAACCACGGUGUGCAUGAGAGCCCUCAUGCGCUAAAACACAGACUUCGCAUGCCAUACGGAAUGCCUGUGGCUCAGAAGAGCCAUGUAUUUCUGUGCCAUGCGCACACCCAGACAUGCCACCACCCGAUGCUAUGAAAACAAGUAUAAUAUACAGAUUCCUGUUAAUUGGCGAAGGAGAAUGUAUUGUCCCAGGCAAGUUAUUUCAGCUUCUCCUAAUCAAUCACGGGCACCGUUUGCUCCUACUAGUGAGCAUUGUUUGGCCUUCUGUUCUGCAAAGGCACAGCAAACAUGGGGUUGUUGUCUUGGUAAAGGAUUGUGGGGUAAAGAAGUGAGACAACACACUCCUAGGUUUUCUUUGCAGGUGGCGUGAUGGAAUAAAAACGAGAGAAAUUUACAAUCUAAAUUUCUCACUACUUUUUU